AUUGGGAAAAAAAACAUGGAGUCAGCUCCGGCAGCCCCCGACCCCUCCGCCAGCGAGCCGGGCAGCAGCGGCUCGGAGGCGGCCGCCGGCUCCAGGGAGACCCCGCUGACCCAGGACACGGGCCGCAAGAGCGAGGCACCGGGCGCGGGGCGCAGGCAGAGCUAUGCGAGCUCCAGCCGAGGUAACUUUAUAAUCUUUAGGCACCGACAUGUCUCGCUGAAGUCGAGGAAUGAGAACUCACAAGCUAAAGUGUGUUUCACUGGGUGAGGUAUUUGGGGAGUA